AUGAAGCGCAGCCAUGGCGACUACCUCUUGCCGAGCGGCGACCGCGUCUCGGGCGGCCUCGAUCUCAUGCUCAACUGGCUCGGCGCCGACAAGCGCUUCCUGCUGCACAUUGCCAUCUACGAAGAAAUUUGGAUCUCAUUCUGCGCUGGCUCGCGUGCUGCGGCCGCGCGCUUUGGCCGCCACCGCUUCGUGCGCUUCGUCCACGAACUCGGAUACCCGGCGACGGUCCAGGCCAUGAACUCGGCGGCGUGCUACGGCCACCUCGACGUGCUGCGCUUCCUCCACGAGCACCGAGACGAGGGCUGCACGAGCAAAGGCAAGGACUACGCGGCCGAGAACGGUCACUUGGACGUCGUGCGCUUCCUGCACUCGCACCGGUCGGAAGACUGCUCCAUGGCUGCGCUCAACUUUGCCGCGCGCAACGGCCACUUGGACGUUGUCCGCUUCUCGAACACACAGCGCGACGACGGUGCGACAGUCGACGCAAUGGAUUUUGCCGUGUGCAACGGCCAUCUCGACGUCGUCUUGUACCUGCACGCGCAGCGCACGGAAGGGUGUACGCGCUUUGCCAUGGACUACGCAGCCAUAGGCGGCCACUUGCGCGUCGUCGCCUUCCUGCACGAGUCGCGCUCCGAAGGCUGCACGACGCUCGCGAUGGACGGCGCGGCCGAAGGUGGGCACCUCGACGUCGUGGCCUAUCUGCACCGCCACCGCCAUGAAGGCUGCACAGACAAAGCACUCGAGGGCGCAACGUACCGCGGCCGCGAAGACGUGGUCCGGUUUCUCUUGGCCCACCGAAACGAGGGCGACCUCGAGCCAGGGCACACCAACAUCAUUCUGUUUUAA